ACUGGUCAUUUGAGCAUAUCGGGCAAAGAAUCCACAGCCUUGGUCUGGUAACAAAAACACAGGAAAUUAAUUUAGCCAAGGAGAAGGAUGAUUCCCAAACAUAUUCCCCCUUCUCACAGAAGGCUGGCAGCUAUCCCAACUGCAGCCCGAAGCCAAAUGCCAGAGGAGAGAGAAAGUGAGCCAGCCAUGAAUCCCUUCCAGAAAAAUGAGUCCAAAGAAACUCUUUUUUCACCUGUCUCCACCGAAGAGGUACCACCUCAACCUCCCAGUCCUCCAAAGAAGCCACCUCCGAAAAUCUGUGGCUCCAACUAUCCACUGAGCAUUGCCUUCAUUGUGGUGAAUGAAUUCUGCGAGCGUUUUUCCUAUUAUGGCAUGAAAGCUGUGCUGACCUUGUAUUUCCUGUAUUUCCUGCACUGGAAUGAAGACACCUCCACAUCUGUGUACCAUGCCUUCAGUAGCCUCUGUUAUUUCACUCCCAUCCUGGGAGCAGCCGUUGCUGAUUCAUGGUUGGGAAAAUUCAAGACAAUCAUCUAUCUCUCCUUGGUGUACGUGCUUGGCCAUGUGAUCAAGUCCUUGGGUGCCUUACCAAUACUGGGAGGACAAGUGGUACACACGGUCCUAUCACUCUUCGGCCUGAGUCUAAUAGCUUUGGGGACAGGAGGUAUCAAACCCUGUGUGGCAGCUUUUGGUGGAGACCAAUUUGAGGAAAAACAUGCAGAGGAACGGACUAGAUACUUCUCAGUCUUCUACCUCUCCAUCAAUGCAGGGAGCUUGAUUUCUACAUUUGUCACACCCAUGCUGAGAGGAGAUGUUCAGUGUUUUGGGGAAGAUUGCUAUGCAUUGGCUUUUGGAGUUCCAGGGUUGCUUAUGGUGAUAGCUCUUGUUGUGUUUGCAACGGGAAGCAAGAUGUACAAAAGACUGCCUCCUGAAGGAAAUAUAGCGGCUCAAGUUGUCAAAUGUAUCUGGUUUGCUAUUUCCAACCGCUUCAAGAACCGUUCUGGGGACAUUCCAAAGAGACAGCACUGGCUGGACUGGGCAGCUGAGAAAUACCCAAAGCAGCUCAUUAUGGAUGUGAAGGCACUGACCAGGGUGCUGUUCCUUUACAUCCCCUUGCCCAUGUUCUGGGCUCUUUUGGAUCAGCAGGGCUCACGGUGGACUUUGCAAGCCACCAAGAUGAACGGGAAUUUGGGUUUUUUUGUGCUUCAGCCUGACCAGAUGCAGGUACUAAAUCCCUUCCUGGUUCUUGUCUUCAUCCCAUUGUUUGACCUUGGCAUUUAUCGUCUGGUCUCCAAGUGUGGAAUUAACUUCUCAUCACUUAGGAAAAUGGCUGUGGGUAUGAUCCUAGCAUGUCUGGCAUUUGCAGUUGCGGCAGCCAUAGAGGUAAAAAUAGAUGGAAUGGCUCCACCCCAACCAGGUUCCCAAGAGGUUUUCCUACAGAUCUUAAAUCUGGCAGAUGAUGAGUUGAAGGUGACAGUGCUGGACAAUGGAAACAAUUCUCUAUUGGCAGAGUCCAUCCAAUCUUUUCAGAAAUCGUCAAACUAUUAUAAACUACACAUGAAAACAGAAAGCCAGGAUUUCCACUUCCACCUGCAAUAUCACAAUUUGUCUGUCUACACUGAGCAUUCUAUGGAGGAGAAGAACUGGUACAGCCUGAUCUUUCAUGGGGAUAGGAAAAACGUCUCCAGCAUAGUGAUGAAGGAUACAGACAACAAAAGAACCAAUGGGAUGACAGUUGUGAGGUUUGUUAACACUUUGAAUAAAGAUGUCAACAUCUCCCUGGGUUUGGAUAUCUCCCUCAGUGUUGGUGAAGGCUAUGGUGUGUCUGCUUACAGAACAGUGAAAAGAGGAGAAUAUCCUGCGGUGCAUUGUAGAACAGAAGAUGAGGAAUUUUCUCUGAAUUUGGGUCUCCUAGACUUUGUUGCAGCAUAUCUGCUUGUUAUCACCAAUAACACGAAUCAGGGUCCUCAGGUCUGGAAGAUGGAAAACAUUCAAGUCAACAAAAUGUCCAUUGCAUGGCAGCUACCACAAUAUGCCCUGGUAACAGCUGGGGAGGUCAUGUUCUCUGUCACAGGACUUGAGUUUUCUUAUUCUCAGGCUCCCUCUAGCAUGAAAUCUGUACUCCAAGCAGCCUGGUUGUUGACAGUUGCAGUUGGGAAUAUCAUCGUGCUUGUUGUAGCACAGUUCAGUGGCCUGGUACAGUGGGUCGAAUUCAUUUUGUUUUCCUGCCUCCUGCUGGUGGUGUGCCUGAUCUUCUCCAUCAUGGGCUACUACUAUAUUCCUGUAAAGCCAGAGGAUAUUCAGGAACCAGCAGAUGAGGAUAUUCUCCAUAUCCAGCAGAGCAUGAUCAGCCUGGAGACCAAGACAAAACUCUGAUUGCUCCCUGAACUCUGCCUCACCCUACGUCCUGGCCCUGGCCUCAACCAUCACCCAUCUUCAAGCAUUUCUUUUUUCUCUAAUUGGGUUAGGUGAGAGAGGUAGCACCAUAUCUGAGCUCAUCUCCUCUACCUAUCUCCCAUGAUAGAAGCAGUUCUAGAACUGGGUUUUCUAGUACAUCUUUGAGCAAGGCCCCUGAGACUCUAUGUCUUUCCAUCCAUCAGCGAGCUCAGUAAACCUUAGGCAGUUGUUGUGGAAGCUGGCCUCUUGUGUCCAAAUGGCCAUGAAAAACACAAAUGUAUAAUUGAGACAACCUCUGCGGGUGUGUGAAGUUAUGUAGGAAUUUUUUUAUGGGUACCUGCCAUUUAGUACUGAUGUCCCCAUUUAAUGAGGUGCUGAGUCAGGGGCAAAAUUGCAGAAAUGGUAUUACAAGAGUCUCAGUAAGCAGAACUCUUCACAAGGACCCCAAGAAUUGGUAUGUCUGGUGUUAUCUGGUCCAGGGACUGUCAAUCAGCUAGCCAGGCUUGAUAAGACUGUAGUAAAUUUUCAGUACAGAUGAUAGGAGACAUUAAUGCCAUUUUGUUAGCAAAUAGGAGAGACUGUAUCUUUCUGAUAAUUACGGUAUCUUAUCUACUCGCCCAAACACCCCUUCCUGCUGAUAGAUUUGGAAACCAAAUUAAAGAUAGCAAAUGUUGGUUAACAUGGUUCUGGAGACAGGAACAGGUAUAAAUUGGAGAAAUCCUGAUGAGCCAUUCUUUUACAGUGCACAUUCCUUUUAGGGACCACAAUAUUUCCCAGAUCUACCUGUGGACAGUUGUAUAGACAUUAAUUGUAAUAUUGCAACCAUGCCUUUUCAAUGUUGCUGGCCCACCUUUUUAUUAUUAUUGCAUCAUGCCUUGCUAUUGCAAAAAUUCUUCACUAUAUUUUUUUAAUCCAACUUCCUUUUUUAAAAAUUAUUUCCUUUUGCCUCAAUCAAAGGAUUGGCUCUGUUCUGAUAAUGUUUCCUUUUUCACAUUUCCCAUAAUUUUUAAGUGACAUUUCUUCUUUCAGACCUUGAAAUUCCCUGUUUAUUCAGCAAGGUUAUAUUAAUGCUCUAGGUUUAGGUUCUAAAAUGGCAGUGCUCAAUAGAGCAGCCUGAUCCAGCAUGAUCAAAAUCUGUGGGAGUGGGGAGGUAGUAAAGGAUGAAGUAUUCUUUGUUUGUUUGUGAAAGGGUUGAGAAACACUACUUUGCUGGCAAUGAAUGAAUCAAGGGACAGACAUGGGAAUAUCAUUACUGUUCGCUAUGUUGCUGAGGAAAAAAUGUUUCGAACUACUAGAGAUCCUCAUUUCCAUUGGUUUUGCUCCAAUAUUCUAAUCUAGAAUAGUGUUGCGUCUCACAUUGUAAGUGUAACAAGAGAAUUUGUUCCAGUUUCCCAAGCCUUACUAUUUUAGUUUUAGUGGCCAUGGUUUCAGAAGUACAGAAGUGGCCCCAACACUACCUAGUUUCUGUAGAUACUGAUGUGAAUCCGACCAUACUCUUUCAAGACAGCCUGUUCAUUUUUGAGCAGCAUUAAGCCAAACUGUUCUGUGAAAUAUUGUUUGAAGAGAUGUUAACAAUGCUUUGUAAAUAAAACUUUCUAUGGACAAAAGA